AUGAAGACUACCGUAGUCCUCUUGGGCGCUGCAUCCCUUUGCUCUGCGUCACUCAACAACACAGACGAAGGCCUCAUCACCAAUGGACUUGUCUCUCUUGGUGACUGGCAGACUGCCUUCACCAAAGCUCAGAAUUUCGUCUCGCAGCUCACGACCGAAGAGAAGAUUACGAUUAUUGGAUCUGGAUCUCUUACCAACAGUUCUGCCAACUGGACAGCUCUUGCUCAAUCUGAUGGACCUCAAGGAGCGGAGAACUUUUACUAUGAGAGCGCGUUUUCCAUGACUUGCGCUUUGGCCAUGACUUGGGAUAAAGACGCUAUAUACAAGCAAGGCAAGGCUGUGGCCACAGAGUUCUACCAGAAAGGCUUACAGCUCUUGGCUGGGCCUGUGUCCAAUCCUAUGGGCAGGUCAGCUUGGGGCGGUCGCAACGGCGAGUCAUUCGGACCAGACAGCUACUUCAAUGGCAUCCUUGGUGGUAUCAGCGCUAGAGCCUACCAAGCUGGUGGUGUCAUUGCAGGUGGCAAGCAUUUCAUCCUAUACGAGCAAGAAACUAACCGCACUUCGUCAAGUAUGGGUGGCGGCGGUAUGGGUGGAGGCUCGGGUGGUGGCUCUAUGGGAUCUGGUAACAGCUCGAUGGGUUCUAUGGCCUCCGGCUCUGCUCCUUCAGGCUCUGCCCCAUCCGGCAUGGCUCUGAGAGCCAGGGCUGAUAAUUCCUCUACUACUGAUUCUUCUGAGUCUGCCCCCUAUUCGUCCAACAUAGACGACAAGACGUUCAGAGAGACCUACCUUUGGCCUUGGUACGACAUCAUCAAGGCCGGUACUGGUGCAGUAAUGUGUGCGAUGAACGAAGUCAACGGCUCCGCUGCCUGCGAAGACAAAUCUCUCCUCAUGAGCGCACUCAAAUCCGACCUUGGCUUUCCGGGAUUCGUGUUUCCCGAUACCAAUGCUCAGAAGACAGCCUAUGGUUCCAUCUCAGGUGGACUGGACUACGGAUCCAGCAGCAUCUGGUCUACAUCAACUGUUGAAGCCUUCUUGAGCAACGGCUCCCUUACGGAGGCACGUCUGAACGACAUGGUCAUCCGUAAUGUGAUCGGUUACUAUAAAGCCAAUCUGGACAAUGGAGAGCAACCAUCGAAAGCAGCAUACGACGACUAUGUUGACACCAUGUCCAAUCACGCUGAGAUCAUCAGGGAAAAUGGAGCCAAGUCGAUCGUCCUUCUUAAGAACUUGGGCGGUCUUCCCCUAAACAAGCCUAGAAGAAUGACGCUCUUCGGUGCCAACGCCGGACCAGUGACGGGCGGACCAAACAUGCAAUUUACAGUUCAGGGCUCAGGACCAACCUACGAUGGCCAUCUUGCCAGUGACUCUGGCUCCGCACAAUCUUCGUUGCCCUAUCUCAUCACUCCUGAGGCAGCCGUUACCCUACGAGCAUCGAAAGAGCAUACCAACGUCAAGUGGAUCUUGAAUGACACAUACACCGCCAGCAGCUCUGGUAAUACCCUAGUCACUCUGUCAUCCUCGGAAACCGCUGUCGACGCAUCUUACUCAGGCUAUGCAGCUGCUAGUGAUGCGUGCCUUGUCUUCAUCAACGCAUUGUCUGGCGAAGGUGCUGAUCGUACCGAGCUAUACAACGAUGAUCAAGAUACAAUGGUCAACACUGUGGCCGCUGAUUGUAACAAUACUAUCGUCGUCAUUACCACAACUGGAGUUCGUCUCGUAGACCAAUGGAUCGAAAAUGAAAACAUCACUGCUGUUCUUUACUCUGGUCCUUUGGGUCAAGAGAGCGGAAAUUCCAUCACUGAUAUCCUUUACGGCGACGUCAACCCAUCUGGCAGACUGAUACACACUAUUGCAAAGAACGAAUCCGAUUACAAUGUCGGCAUCUGCUACACGAAGAAUUGCACUUACUCCGAAGGCAAUUAUAUCGAUUACAAGUACUUCGAGCACAGCAACACCACUGCUCGAUACGCCUUUGGCCAUGGUCUAUCCUACACUUCUUUCGACUACAGUGAUCUGAAGGCUUCCAAGCUGAUGUCCAACAUCUCUUACCACGCCAAGGGACGCCUCGAAGUUGGAGGACGUGCAGACUUGUUCGACGUGGUCGCAGAGGUCGACGUCGUUGUCAAGAACACUGGUUCACAUGAUGGUGCUGAAGUCCCACAAUUAUACAUUGGCUUCCCAGAGGACUCCGGAGCCGACCAACCCAUCAAGGCUCUCCGCGGCUUCGAGCGCGUAGAACUUAAGAAGGAUGAAAACGCUCAAGUGAAAUUCCAGCUGCGCCGUAGAGAUCUUUCGUUCUGGGAUGUGGCUGCGCAAGAGUGGGCUCUGCCCCGUGGCGACUUUAAGAUCUAUAUUGGUGCCUCUUCCAGCGAUAUUCGCCAGACGGGUACGCUCGCCAUGUAG